UGUACAAUAACUCCCGAUGAGUGUUCUUGGGACAGGAGGGACGUCUAGGGAACGGAGGAGAUGGGCUCUCUUCCACCUUCUGCCCACUUUCUCUUUUUUGGUGUUUCCGCUUCCGUCUCCCGUUUUUUUUCUUCCGCCUUCCGUUUUUUAAAAUACGACAGGGCCCCUGUUCGGCUCAUUAUAUGAGAGUUGACUAAAUUUAAUUUUUUGGGUAGCCUCAAAGAAAACUAUACAAAUAAUUCCAAAAGAUAGUUUAAUUCCAAUUCAUCGAGAAGAGAAAUUAAUUAAUUCUGAAAGAAUGGCAAGACUUGACAAGGUUUUUAAACAUUUUAAUUAAAAAAAUUUUUCUAAAAAGUUCAAAUUACAUAAACCAUAUAUCCAAAAUGCUAUUUAUAAACAGCAACAAUUAAUUGGACGUUCCCUUUUAUUUAAUAAAUUUCAAAAUUCUCCCGAGGAAAUAGCUAAAAGUAGAACAAUGGCUUUAUUUAAUGAUGAAAUUACAAAAUGGUAUGGAAAUAAAAUUGAAAGAAAAUAUUUUUUAAAAAGGUAUGAUCCAAAUGAAAUUUGUCAGUCAGUUAGUUAUGAACCUAUAGCAACGGUAGAAAAAUCAAGGAAAAUAUGGGAAAGAAAAAUUUGUGAAGAGAAGAUCAAGAGAAGAUGAAAGGAAAAAAUGAGAAAUUUGAUUAAAAAUAAUUUUU